AUGGCUAUUUCUAAUCAGUGUUCCCAGUCUUCUUCACAACUGCAUACCACAGAGAAACUGUGUAUGAAUGAAAACAAGAAUGCCAUUUUAAGUGAAUCUUCAAUUCAUAGCUGGUAUACUGGACCAUGGAUAAAUGGAGAGUCCAAGAGAUAUCUCUAUGAUACAUACAGGGAUGCCUCAAAUGAAUCAUUAAAUUUAAAGAUAACACAUAAAGCAAAUGAAUGUAAUAAGUAUGAGAAAUCAUUUAUCCAAUCCUCAAAUCGUCAAGCUUAUUAUAGAGCUUCUACCCAAGAGGCACAUUACAAAUGUAACGAAUGUGGAAAAUUAUUUACCUGUUCCUCAAGUCUUAAAGUUUACCAUGAAAACUGUACAGGAGAAAUAAUUCAUAAAUAUAGUAACUCUGGAAAAUCAUUUUCACAGUCCUCAAAACUUCAAGUUCACUACAGAAUCCACACAGGAGAGAAACCUUACAAAUGUAAAAAAUGUGGUAAAUCUUUUACACAGAACGCAGAGCUUAAAGUUCACUACAGAAUCCAUACAGGAGAGAAGCCUUACAAAUGUAAUGAAUGUGGCAAAUCUUUUACACGGAACAAUGUGCUUAAAGUUCACUACAGAAUUCAUACAGGAGAGAAACCUCACAAAUGUUCUGAAUGUGGGAAAUCGUUCACACAGAACGCACAGCUUCAAGUUCACUACAGAAUUCAUACAGGAGAGAAACCUCACAAAUGUUCUGAAUGUGGGAAAUCGUUUACACAAAACUCACAGCUUCAAGUUCACUACAGAAUCCACACAGGUGAGAAACCUUACAAAUGUAAUGAAUGUGGAAAAUCAUUUACACAGAACUCACAACUUCAAGUUCACUACAGAAUCCAUACAGGAGAGAAGCCUUACAAAUGUAACAAAUGUGGCAAAUCUUUUACAUGGAAGAAAGUGCUUAAAGUUCACUACAUAACUCAUACAGGAGAGAAACCUUACAAAUGUAAUGCGUGUGAGAAAUCUUUUACACAGUCCUACAAACUUCAAGUUCACUACAGAAUCCAUACAGGACAGAAGCCUUACAAAUGUAAUGAAUGUGGCAAGUCUUUUAUACGGAACACAGACCUUAAAGUUCACUACAGAAUCCAUACAGGAGAGAAACCUUACAAAUGUACUGAGUGUGGCAAAUCUUUUAUCCAGAACUCAGACCUUAAAGUUCACCAACGAAUUCAUACAGGAGAGAAACCUUACAAAUGUAAUGAGUGUGAGAAAUCUUUUACACAGUCCUACAAACUUCAAGUUCACUACAGAAUCCAUACAGGACAGAAGCCUUACAAAUGUAAUGAAUGUGGCAAGUCUUUUAUACGGAACACAGACAAUAUGAGAUUAAACAGUGCUUUGGUGAUUUAUGAUCAAAAGAGAUUGUGGAGCAGAAAAAGCUGUUAUAUUAGAUCAUGGAAAAAUGGAGAGUCUAAGAGAUACCUGUAUGAAACAUAUAGGGAUGUGUCAAAUGAACCAUUAAGCUUUGAAAGAGCACAUAAAGCAAAUAAAUAUAGUAAGUAUGGGAAACCGUUUAUCCAGUCCUCAAAUCUUCAAGCUCAUGAUAGAAUUCCUACCCAAGAGACACCUUACAAAUGUAAUGAAUGUGGAAAAUUCUUUACCUGCUCCUCAAGUCUUAAAGUUUACCAUGAAAACUGUACAGAAGAAAGACUUCAUAAAUUUCAUAAAUGUGGAAAGUCAUUUUCACAGUCCUCAAAACUUCAAGUUCACUACAGAAUCCACACAGGAGAGAAACCUUACAAAUGUAACAAAUGUGGGAAAAUUUUUACACAGAACUCAGACCUUAAAGUUCACUACAGAAUACAUACACGAGAGAAGCGUUACAAAUGUAAUGAAUGUGGCAAAUCUUUUACAUGGAACAAUGUGCUUAAAGUACACUACAGAAUCCAUACAGGGGAGAAACCUUACAAACGUAAUGAAUGUAGGAAAUCUUUUACAAAAUCCUCAAAACUUCAAGUUCACUACAGAAUCCACACAGGAGAGAAACCUUACAUAUGUAAUGAGUGUGGGAAAUCUUUUACACAGAACUCAGAACUUAAAGUUCACUAUAGAACCCAUACAGGAGAGAAGCGUUACAAAUGUAAUGAAUGUGGCAAAUCUUUUACACAGAACAAAGUGCUUAAAGUUCACUACAGAAUUCAUACAGUAGAGAAACCUUAUAAAUGUAAUGAAUGUGGGAAAUCUUUUGUACAGUACUCAGAGUCUAUAUAUCACUACACAAUCCAUACAGGAGAGAAACCUUACAAAUGUUCUGAAUGUGGCAAAUAUUUUACAAGGUACACAUACUUACAAGUUCACUAUAGGAUCCAUACAGGAGAAAAACCUUACAAAUGUAAUGAGUGUGACAAAUCUUUUAUACAAUCCUCUACACUUCAAGUUCACUAUAGAAUCCAUACAGGAGAGAAGCCUUAG